UGCCGCGGUGCAUGCCGGGCUGGAGGUGGACAGCUGUCUUCAGUUCGUGGAGGACCGACGUCAGUGUUUGUGCUGGUCGGGGGAAGAUGGCGGAGGCUGCGGCUGUUCCACCGCAUCGGUUUUUCUGUCACUGUUGUAAGGGAGAAGUGAAUCCUAAACUCCCGGAGUACAUCUGUCCAAGAUGUGACUCGGGAUUCAUAGAGGAAGUAACCGAAGAUUCCAGUCUUCUAGAGGGUGUCGCUAACGGGAUAGAUGACGCUGCCACACAAUUUGCAGAGGUAGAAGCUGACUUGACGGAUUUUGGAGAGAAUUGGCUAUGGCAUCUGUUGUUACUGGAGCGGCCAUUUACAGCAGACGGGGACACACCUGACUCAGAACCUCGGCUCCCUGGAGGGCGCUUGGGGGGUCUCAGUGACCUGGGGGGGUUGGGAGGGGGACCAAUCGGAGGGUCAGUCCCAGCAGGCCUAGGGGGACCUAUGGGCGGUCUACUCGGAGCCGGGGAGCACUGGGGACCAGGACGUCCCCCUCGCUUGCACAGCCAGAGGAGAUACCGGUCCAGAGGCAGCAGUAGACCAGACCGCUCGCCUGCUGUGGAGGGGAUUGUACAACAGUUUCUCGCCGGCCUCUUUGCCAACUCUGGAGUCCCUGGCUCACCCCCCCUCUCAUGGACAGGGAUGCUACACUCUAACCCAGGCGAUUACGCCUGGGGACAGGGAGGGUUAGACGCCGUGAUAACACAGUUACUAGGUCAGUUGGAGAACACAGGACCUCCUCCAGCAGAGAAAGAGAAGAUCUCUUCUCUCCCAACUGUCAAUAUCUCUCAGGAACAAGCAGACUGCUGUAUGGAAUGUCCGGUGUGCAAAGAGGACUUCGCAGUGGGAGAGCCAGUCAGACAGCUACCCUGUAACCACUUCUUUCAUUCAGACUGUAUAGUACCAUGGCUGGAAAUGCAUGACACAUGUCCAGUGUGUAGGAAGAGUUUGAACGGAGAAGACAGCAGCAGCCAGCCCCCAUCAGAGUCCCCCACCCUCUCCAUGGACCCCCGCACACAGGAGAGAUGGUCCUUCUGAGACACCCACCUGUCUCAUCCUUUGGUUAUCCUCGCCUACAUCCAACAACACACCGAGAAGACAAAGCGCUUAUCACUUUCCUCUUUUCAUCUCUGUUGCCGUCUUAAUCAUCUCAGUCUGAUAUUUUUUGUACUUUUCAUUUUUCUAUUUUAAUGCCUUUUCUCCUCAACCUUGUAUACAGAUACCCGUACAGACUCUACAGUCAGUUGAGGUCUGGGAGAUCUUUCUUCUUCUCUUCUUUUUUUUUGCCUCAUAAAAACCAGACUUGAUUGAUGAUGAUCAAGCCUAUGUCUUCUCUACUUCCACCUCUAAAGCAAACUCCAUCUUUCUUGAAAUGCAGUGCUGCAAUACACUAUUGGGGGGAAAUCUUUUUUUUAUAUCGCACCAUGCCCUCUUCACUCAUCAGAAAAUUAGCUUCACUCAUUUACAGGGUCUGGACUUAACAACAUGAACACCUAUAGCCCUGCAAUACAUGGUAUGUUCAUGAAGGGUGUAUGAAUAAUUGUUUGUUGAGAUUUCUUUUAGGGAAGAUCUUGAUUGAACUCUAUUUAUUCUGGUGGUGUUUUAUUGGAUUGUAAAGGUGUUCAUUUUAUUGGGUCCACUCUCUGUAGUGUACUUCAAUAAAAGAACUGUUUCUUUUUUUUACGAAUCAUGUUGAGUCGCUGCUGUUUAAUUAAUGGCCACAAAUGGAAGCUGUGACAUUGAAUGAAAGCAAGGGAUUCCUUACACCUUACGGGGAAAGAAAUUAAAUAUACCAAUAAGGGAAUACAAUGGACCCACUCUCUAGUCAUUUAGAUUAAAACAGUCCUCCUGGUGUAUAUAUUAUAAACAGAUGGCAUCCCUCUGUCAUUUUAUUUCUCCGUUUAUGACCAUCUUUUGUUUCACUUUUUUUUUUUUUUUAUCACUUUUUGAUGUAAAUAAUUUUAGUCCAACAACUUAUGGUUUGCAAAGGAAAAAGAACUUUGAGAAUGGAGACACAAAUGUGAAAUUACCUGGUUAUCAAACUGUAUAUUAUAUAUAUGAAAAAAUGUCUAUGAUGUAUUAAUAAAUUGACAAAUGGUCAUAGUUGAAUUUU